AUGCGCCGCGCUGGCCCCGCCCCCACGGCCGCCGGUUCCGGGCUUGUGUUCGUUCCUCCAGCCGCGGGGCACCCUGGGACAGCGGCGGGUCGCGGGAUCUCGCCCUUUCUCCAAACACUCCGGAUGCCUCAUUUCCCUCUGGCCACUUUUCUUCGACCGCCACUUUGGGGGCUGAGGCCCUCGCGGAGUCUUCCCAGGCCACGGCGCCUUUCUGCGCAGUCAGAGCCCCAUGGAUCACCCAUCACCAGGAGGAACCGAGAAGCCAAACGGAAGCGCCUGCGGGAGAAGCAGGCGGCGCUGCAGGCUGGAAUAGCCGGGGAGAGCGAGUCACCUGGAGAAACCAGGAAGACCUGGAGUCCCAAGGAGAGAGUAGUAUAUGGAGUUCCCACGGAGCCUGGCGAAAAGAAAGAUGUCUCUGGGGCCCUACCUCUUGCUUACAGCCCCCAGUAUGUGGAAGCUGUUUGGUACCAGUGGUGGGUGCGAGAGGGCUUCUUCAGGCCAGAGUAUCAGGCACAGCUGCCCCAGGCUACAGGGGAGACUUUUUCCAUGUGUAUCCCACCUCCCAAUGUCACAGGUGCCCUGCACCUCGGCCAUGCUCUCACUGUGGCCAUCCAGGACGCCCUUGUGCGCUGGCACCGGAUGCGUGGGGAUCAAGUGCUGUGGGUCCCUGGCUCGGAUCAUGCAGGAAUUGCUACACAAGCUGUGGUAGAGAAACAACUGUGGAAGGAGCGGGGAGUGAGGAGACACGAGCUGAGCCGGGAGGAGUUCCUAAGGGCGGUGUGGCAGUGGAAGGACGCGAAAGGAGGAGAGAUUUGUGAGCAGCUUCGCGCGCUGGGCUGCUCCCUGGACUGGGGCCGAGAGUGUUUUACCAUGGAUGUGGGCUCCUCAGUGGCUGUGACUGAAGCUUUUGUGCGACUCUACAACGAGGGACUGCUGUACCGGAGCCGCCAGCUUGUCAGCUGGUCGUGUGCUUUAAGAUCAGCCAUCUCGGAUGUUGAGGUGCAGAGCCGGCCCCUGGCUGGGCGCACAGAGCUCCAGCCGCCAGGCUGCCCCAGCCCUGUGUCUUUUGGGCUCCUCAUUUCUGUCGCCUUUCCGGUGGACGGAGAGCCGGAUGCGGAAGUCGUGGUGGGAACCACGAGGCCGGAGACUUUGCCUGGAGACGUGGCGGUGGCCGUUCACCCCGAUGACCCCCGAUACUCGCAUCUCCAUGGGCGGCAGCUGCGUCACCCCUUGACAGGGCAGCUUCUGCCCCUCAUCACGGACACUGCUGUGCAGCCGCACGAGGGCACAGGCGCAGUGAAGGUGACUCCAGCUCACAGUCCCGCGGAUGCCGAGAUGGGAGCCCGGCACGGCCUGAGCCCCCUCAGUGUCAUUGAGGAGGACGGGACCAUGGCGUCGCCUUGCGGGGACUGGCUGCAGGGCAUUCACCGGUUUGUGGCCCGGGAGAAGAUUGUGUUGGCCCUGAGGGAGCAGGGCCUGUUGCGGGGCCUCCAGGACCACCCCAUGGUGCUGCCCGUCUGCAGCCGCUCUGGGGACGUGGUUGAGUACCUGCUGAAGAGCCAGUGGUUCGUCCGCUGCCAGGAGAUGGGGGACCGAGCUGCCCAGGCCGUGGUGUCGGGUGCCCUGGAGCUCUGCCCCUCCUCCCACCAGAAGAGCUGGCAGCACUGGUUUGCCCACAUCGGGGACUGGUGCAUCUCUCGGCAGCUGUGGUGGGGCCAUCAGAUUCCAGCCUACCUGGUGGUCGGGGAGCCCUCGGAGGGUGACGGGGAGGAGUGCUGGGUGGUCGGGCGGUCGGAGGCUGAGGCCAGACAGGCGGCAGCAGCACUGACCGGAAAGCCAGGCGCCGAGCUGACCCUGGAGAGGGAUGCUGACGUCCUGGACACGUGGUUCUCCUCGGCUCUUUUCCCCUUCUCCGCCCUGGGCUGGCCUCGAGAGACCUCCGACCUGGCCCGUUUCUACCCCCUGUCGCUCCUGGAGACGGGCAGUGACCUCCUGCUGUUCUGGGUGGGCCGCAUGGUCAUGCUGGGCACCCAGCUCACGGGCCAGCUCCCCUUCAGCAAGGUGCUCCUUCACUCCAUGGUUCGGGACGGGCAAGGGCGGAAGAUGAGCAAGUCCCUGGGGAACGUGCUGGACCCGAGGGACGUCAUCCAUGGGGUGGAGCUGCAGGAGCUGCAGGCAAAGCUGACCACCGGGAACCUGGACCCCGCGGAGCUGGCCAUUGCGGCUGCAGCACAGCCGUGUAGGCAUCUGCCCCUUCCUCCACGGCUGCAGAAAAAGAACUUUCCUCACGGGAUCCCUGAGUGCGGGACAGAUGCCCUGAGAUUCGCACUGUGCUCCCACGGAGCGCAGGGGCGCGACCUGCACCUGUCUGUCCCUGAGGUCCUGGGCUGCCGUCGUUUCUGCAACAAGAUCUGGAAUGCCCUGCGCUUUAUCCUCAGAGCCCUGGGGGAGGGUUUUGUCCCCCAUCCGUCAGAGGAGCUGUGCCCCUCCUCGCCGGUGGACGCCUGGAUCCUGAGCCGCCUGGCCCUGGCUGCCCAAGAGUGUGAGCGUGGCUUCGUCACCCAGGAGCUCUCGCUGGUCACCCACACCCUGCACCACUUCUGGCUGCACAGCCUCUGCGACAUCUACCUGGAGGCUGUGAAGCCGGCGCUGGCCCGUGUGCCUUGCCCACAAGGGCCGCCUCAGGUCCUCUUCUCCUGCGCGGACAUCGGGCUCCGCCUCCUCGCCCCGGUGAUGCCCUUCCUGGCCGAAGAGCUCUGGCAGAGGCUGCCCCGCAGGCCCGGUGGGCCCCCUGCCCCCAGCGUCUGUGUCGCCCCCUACCCCAGUGCCCGCAGCCUGGAGCACUGGCGCCAGCCUGAGCUGGAGUGGGGCUUCUGCCGGGUCCAGGAGGCUGUGCAGGUGCUGCGGGCUCUCCGAGCCACCUACCAGCUCACCAGAGCCCGGCCCCGAGUGCUGCUGCAGAGCUCGGAGCCAGAGGAGCAGGGCCUCUUCCAGGCCUUUCUGGAGCCCCUGGGCGCCCUGGGCCACUGCGGGGCUGUGGGCCUCCUGCUCCCAGGCACAGCAGCUCCCUCUGGCUGGGCCCAGGCCUCUGUCAGUGACACCAUUCGGGUCUACAUGGAGAUACAGGGCCUGGUAGACCCCCAGGCCCAGCUACCUCUGCUGGCUGCCCGAAGGCAGAAGUUGCAGAAGCAGCUUGAUGGCCUCGCAGCCCAGACUCCAUCAGAAGGGGAGGCAGAGACACAGAGGCAGCAAAGGCUAUCCUCCCUCCAGCUGGAAUUAUCAAAGCUGGAUCAGGCGGCCUCUCACCUCCGGCAGCUGAUGGAUGAUGCUCCCAGCCCCGGGGAGCGCUGAGCUCUUAGCUCGACCUGUCUGUGAGGACAGUGAGUGUGCACUGUCUGGGUGCGACGAGAGCUCAGAAUGCUCAGGAGUGCAGUCCACCGCCUUGUUUGGUAGGCGAGGAAGCACUAGGAUGGUCACUGGUGGUGUGGCCGCGAGAUGCGCAUGUUGUCUCCCGCCACCUCCUGUGCAGUCCCAUCUGGAAGUUUGGGAAUGAGGAGAUUCAGAUAAACUUAAGAACCCAAGCAUA